AUGGCCGUGCUCAAACUCACCGACCAGCCACCACUGGUCCAAGCAAUCUUCAGCGGUGAUCCAGAGGAGAUACGGAUGCUCAUCCACAAAACAGAAGAUGUGAAUGCUCUGGAUUCUGAGAAGCGAACCCCACUUCAUGUGGCUGCCUUUCUGGGAGAUGCAGAGAUAAUUGAACUCCUGAUUCUGUCAGGAGCUCGUGUGAAUGCCAAGGACAACAUGUGGCUGACCCCGCUGCACCGGGCUGUCGCCUCCAGGAGUGAGGAAGCAGUACAAGUAUUGAUUAAGCACUCAGCUGAUGUCAAUGCAAGGGACAAGAACUGGCAGACCCCGCUCCACGUGGCGGCGGCCAAUAAGGCUGUUAAGUGUGCAGAAGUCAUCAUUCCGCUGCUCAGCAGCGUCAACGUCUCCGACCGAGGGGGACGCACAGCCUUGCACCACGCUGCUCUGAAUGGCCAUGUGGAGAUGGUCAAUUUACUGUUGGCUAAAGGGGCAAACAUCAAUGCAUUUGACAAGAAGGAUCGCCGUGCUCUGCACUGGGCCGCUUAUAUGGGCCACCUGGAUGUCGUGGCGUUGCUGGUUAACCAUGGUGCAGAAGUCACAUGUAAGGACAAGAAGGGCUAUACGCCCCUGCACGCCGCUGCCUCCAACGGGCAGAUCAACGUUGUCAAGCAUCUUCUGAAUCUGGGGGUGGAGAUCGAUGAAAUCAACGUGUAUGGAAACACAGCCCUCCACCUGGCCUGCUACAACGGGCAGGAUGCUGUAGUCAACGAGCUGACGGACUACGGUGCUAACGUGAACCAGCCCAACAACGGCGGCUUCACCCCGCUGCACUUUGCUGCUGCCUCCACGCACGGUGCUCUGUGUCUUGAACUGUUAGUAAACAACGGGGCGGAUGUUAACAUCCAGAGUAAAGAUGGUAAAAGUCCGCUUCACAUGACAGCCGUCCACGGAAGGUUCACACGGUCGCAGACCCUCAUUCAGAAUGGAGGUGAAAUUGACUGUGUGGAUAAGGAUGGUAACACUCCUCUUCACGUGGCUGCAAGAUACGGCCAUGAGCUUUUGAUUAACACCUUAAUAACCAGCGGAGCUGACACAGCCAAGUGUGGAAUCCAUAGCAUGUUCCCCUUACAUUUAGCUGCCCUCAAUGCUCACUCUGACUGCUGCAGAAAGUUACUGUCCUCGGGCUUUGAAAUAGACACCCCAGAUAAAUUUGGAAGAACGUGCCUUCAUGCUGCUGCUGCAGGAGGUAAUGUGGAAUGUAUAAAACUCUUGCAAAGCAGUGGAGCAGAUUUCCAUAAAAAGGACAAGUGUGGGAGGACUCCUUUGCACUAUGCAGCUGCAAAUUGUCAUUUCCACUGUAUUGAGACAUUAGUGACCACAGGGGCCAGUGUGAAUGAAACGGAUGACUGGGGCCGCACCGCUUUGCACUAUGCUGCUGCAUCAGACGUGGAUAGAAAUAAGAUUAUCUUAGGAAACGCCCAUGAAAAUUCGGAAGAACUUGAAAGAGCCAGAGAGCUGAAGGAAAAGGAAGCUGCAUUAUGUCUAGAAUUUCUGCUUCAACAUGAUGCAAAUCCAUCUAUCCGGGACAAGGAAGGCUACAAUAGCAUACAUUAUGCUGCUGCCUAUGGCCACAGACAGUGUCUGGAAUUGCUUUUGGAAAGAACCAACAGUGUUUUUGAAGAGUCAGAUUCCGGUGCUACCAAGAGUCCGCUCCAUUUAGCUGCCUACAACGGCCACCACCAGGCCUUGGAAGUCCUUCUGCAGUCGCUGGUAGACCUGGACAUCAGGGAUGAGAAAGGCCGCACCGCGCUGGAUCUGGCUGCCUUUAAGGGACAUACGGAGUGUGUGGAAGCGCUUAUCAAUCAGGGUGCAUCCAUCUUUGUGAAAGACAAUGUAACCAAAAGAACCCCGCUUCAUGCCUCAGUAAUUAAUGGUCACACUCUGUGUAUGCGGCUAUUACUAGAAAUUGCAGACAACCCAGAAGUGGUUGACGUGAAAGAUGCCAAAGGACAAACCCCACUAAUGCUUGCAGUAGCAUAUGGACACAGUGAUGCUGUCUCAUUGUUACUUGAAAAGGAAGCAAAUGUAGACGCUGUGGACAUCAUGGGCUGCACAGCUUUACACAGAGGGAUUAUGACGGGACAUGAGGAGUGUGUGCAAAUGCUGCUGGAACAAGAAGUGUCGAUUCUGUGUAAAGACUCCAGAGGGAGGACACCCUUGCACUAUGCGGCUGCUCGUGGCCAUGCCACGUGGCUGAGUGAGCUGCUCCAGAUGGCACUUUCCGAGGAGGACUGUUCUUUCAAAGACAACCAGGGCUACACGCCACUGCACUGGGCUUGUUACAAUGGUAAUGAAAACUGUAUAGAGGUACUUUUGGAGCAGAAAUGUUUUCGAACAUUUAUCGGUAAUCCUUUCACUCCACUGCACUGUGCAAUAAUAAAUGAUCAUGAGAAUUGUGCAUCACUGUUACUCGGGGCCAUAGAUUCCAGUAUUGUCAAUUGUAGAGAUGACAAAGGCAGGACACCACUUCAUGCAGCAGCAUUUGCUGAUCACGUGGAGUGCUUGCAGCUUCUUCUGAGACACGGUGCUCAAGUGAACGCGGCAGACAAUUCAGGGAAAACACCGCUGAUGAUGGCUGCUGAGAAUGGGCAGGCUGGUGCUGUGGAUAUUUUGGUGAACAGCGCCCAGGCUGACCUAACUGUAAAGGAUAAGGACUUGAACACAUCCUUACAUUUGGCUAGUAGUAAAGGUCAUGAAAAAUGUGCCUUGUUAAUACUUGACAAGAUACAAGAUGAGAGCCUUAUUAAUGCAAAAAACAAUGCACUGCAGACACCCCUCCAUGUGGCCGCACGCAAUGGCUUGAAAGUGGUUGUUGAGGAGCUGCUGGCCAAAGGGGCUUGUGUACUUGCUAUAGAUGAAAAUGGUCAUACCCCGGCCCUGGCUUGUGCUCCUAACAAAGACGUGGCUGACUGCCUGGCCCUCAUUCUGGCUACCAUGAUGACUUUUUCUCCUUCCAGUACAAUGACGGCUGUCAACUUCGUUUGUUUUAAAAAAGACAGUUUGAGCAGGACCACUCUCUCCAACCUGGGUAGCAUGGUUAGCCUGUGCAGUAACAAUGUAGGCUCUGAGGAUGGGUACAAUGAAAAUGAUUCUGAUUCGGAAACUUUCUGA